AUGCGGAGAAAUCAAGCAGUGGAGAUAAAACAUGUCGACGUAAAGAAAUCAUCGGGGCCAAGAAAAUAUCAGGCCCUCCCCGCUCUGUCGACGCUCGUAGACUGCGAACCAUCAUCAAAGAACGAAUCACCCGGAACGGCUGAGCUAACAAUCAAAUCAUUGUCUGAAACUCUUUGGAUCUUCGCAGUUGUCGUUUAUUCUGAGGCAGAUGAAGCUGAGCUGGAGAGACGAAUCUGUAAAAAAUUGCACAUUUUCGAAGCGUGUCGCGUAGAAUAUGUGAUGUGCUCUGAUGAGAAAAUUUUCAAUACUGAAGCAGCGCACGACAGCGGAAAUGCACUGCAACUGUUAAGCCCAAAUUAG